ACCGCCAUUUGUCUGCUCGCCGGAUUUGUCGACUAUGGCAGGCGGCUUCGGUCCAUUCGCAUUUGCCGCCUCAUUUUGUUCUUUAUAUGAACUCUCCUCAAUUCACGCCACUGCUAAUCUUCUUCCUCCAUCCAAUUUACUUCUUCGCUCCGAGUUUCUUCAUCUGGAUCCAAAUGGCGGUUUUGAAGACUAAUGGUUUCUAAUCAUGGGAGCAAAAGCAAAACUGAGAGGCCCAUGGCUGUGGUUGGUGAGAGGUUGGGGAAGGAAACAGAAGGCUGCGCCGGCCAUUGGUGUGCUGACCUUCGAGGUCUCCCGGCUCAUGUCCAAGACCAUUAAUCUAUGGCAAUCACUCGACGACGAUCGGAUCGCGGUGCUUAGGGACGAAACCCUAAGUCUCCAGGGAGUGAGAAAACUUGUUUCUGAUGAAGACGAGUUCCUCCUCAGCCUCGUCCUUGCUGAAACCAUGGACGCUGUUCACUUGCUUGGGAGGGCUGUAGCGCGCCUCGGAUCCCGAUGCUUCAACCCCGUGCUGUACCGCUUCGAGCACGUGUUCGCGGAUCUGAUAAAAAACGACACCGAUUUAUGCUGUUUUGAGUACCGCAACAAGAAGAGGAUGGAGCGGGAGGUCAAGAGGAUGGAGAGGUUCAUCGCGGCGAGCUGCAAUUUGUAUCAGGAGGUGGAGAUACUCGCGGAGAUGGAGAAUGAUUUGAGGAGGAUGCAGGCGAUUCCGGAGAUGAGUCGUCAGGGUUGCAGUUUGGGGAAUUUUAAAAAGAGGGUUUCGUGGCAGCGGCAGGCCGUGAAGAGCCUGCAAGAUGCAUCUGUAUGGAAUCGAAGUCAUGAUUUCGUCGUCCGGAUUCUUGCUAGGGCUUUGUUCACAAUUGUGGCCAGGAUUAAGCUUGUUUUCGGAUUUGAUCGCAAGGAUGAUGCUUAUGCCGCUAAAACCACGGGGAAUCUCUCCAACUUCUACAACUCUGUAAGUGGAAUUUUACAGUCUUCGUUCCUUCACGCAUCGAAUAGGAAAGGCAUAAGAAGUUUUGCAUCUGGUCCUCUCGUGAAUCAUGGUAACUCCAAAUCCUCUCCACUUGCUGGUUUUCAUAAGCAAAACAAUACUGCAAGGAUAGAUACGGAUGAGAUAGAAGAUGAGAGUGAACCUCAACCGAACGUUUUCAAUAUGAAGUUAUCUCUGUCUCUGUUCGGCUCCAAACGCAAGUUACUGAAUGCUCCACCAUCGACGCUGGGCGCUGCUUCUUUAGCUCUGCAUUACGCAAAUGUGAUCAUUGUAAUAGAAAAGCUUGCCGCUUCCCCGAAUUCAAUCGGGCCUGAUGUUAGAGAUGAAUUGUACAGAAUGCUGCCCAGUAGUAUAAGAACUUCCCUUAAGACGAGGCUGAGCUCUUAUGCAAAGAAUUUAGCUUCAUCUGUUUAUGAUCCAACCCUUGCAGCAGAAUGGAGUGAUGCAAUGAUAAAUAUUUUGAAUUGGUUGUCUCCCCUAGCACAUAAUAUGAUUAAGUGGCAAUCAGAGAGGAAUUUUGAGAAGCAGAAUUUGGUUUUAAGUACAAAUGUUCUUUUAAUCCAGACUCUUUAUUAUGCAAAUCAGGAGAAGACAGAGGCUGCAAUAACAGAGCUGCUUGUUGGUUUGAAUUAUUUAUGGAGAUACGGUAGGGAGCUUAAUGCAAAAUCUGUACUUGAUUGUGUUUCCCGCAGAGCAUUAAUGGCUGGUGAAAGAAAUAGAGAUUUAUAGAUAUUGUUGGCCAAGUAAAACUGUUACUUAUACAUUGCUUUUUCCAUGCGUUGAUGCACUGUUGAUGAGGAAUAGAAAAUGGUCUGCAAGAUGGUGGCUUUAAGUUGAAAGUCAAUAUUUUGAUUGAGUCGAGGCAAGUUUGUGUUGUGUUUAAGUGAUUGACUUGGAUUCAAUUUUCAGACAUAUUUGAAUCCGAAACUCUUAAUUUUGGAAUUUUUUUUUUUAAUUCUGAGGAUGGUUUAUAUGUAUAUAUAUUACAACAGCAUCAUCGAUCUGGUUCAGCCAAUCGACCCAAGUUCUUCCCACAACCUCAUGUUGCUAUAUCUCCAAAUUAGAAAAUUUAGGGCAGUGAGAAGGAGCAAGCAAUAAUGGACAUGAAAGAGAGAGAGAUGAAGGGUUGAGGAAGGCAAGUGCAGUGACAGAGAAGAGGGAGAGAGAUCCAGUGAGUGGUUAUCAAUAAUAAAUCCUCUAUCUUCUGCAACAGGAAAGCUGCGACCUUUCAUGUCAACAACUGCAGUAGAAGGUGACUUACAAAAGAAGAAGAAGAGUUUCACAUGAUUGUUCCCUUCAGUUUCUCCGUUUGUAUCAUAAAGGAAAGCCCAAUGUUGUUCUCUUUUUUAAUGGUCAUGAUUUGGGUUGUAAUCGAGCUGAGUCGAGCUGAGUCGAGUAGGCUAUGUCAUGGGGACUUUGCUUCAUUUUCAGUUUGAGCUUGAG